CUGCGGGGCGGGGGCUGUGCACUACCGGCCGCGCCGCCGGGCCAUGCCGCGAGGCCCCGAGCUCGCCGCGGACGAGGCGCGGGGCGCGCAGGCCGGCCCGGCUCGAGUGUGAAGCGCGCGGAGCCCCGGGACUCGCCCCACGUUGGCGGCGUUGGCGGCGGCGGUAUGGUCUUCUGCCUGGAGAACAAGCCGGGUCGCCGCCCGCUGCGAAGCGCCAUGGUCCGCUUCCAGGCCUCCGAAGUCCAGCAGCUGCUACACAACAAGUUCGUGGUCAUCUUGGGGGACUCAAUCCAGCGGGCUGUGUACAAGGACCUGGUGCUCCUGCUCCAGAAAGAUUCACUACUCACAGCAGCCCAGUUGAAAGCCAAGGGGGAGCUGAGCUUUGAACAGGACCAGCUGGUGGCGGGGGGCCAGCUGGGCGAGCUGCACAACGGGACACAGUACCGGGAGGUCCGCCAGUUCUGCUCCGGCUCGGGCCACCACCUUGUGCGCUUCUACUUCCUCACCCGCGUUUACUCUGAGUACCUCGAGGGUGUUCUAGAGGAGCUGGCCUACGGGCCCACCCCGGACCUGGUUAUCAUCAAUUCCUGUCUCUGGGAUCUGUCCAGAUAUGGCCGCUGCUCCAUGGACAGCUACCGUAAGAAUCUGGAGCGGGUAUUCGUGCGCAUGGACGAGGUGUUGCCGGACUCCUGCCUGCUGGUUUGGAACAUGGCCAUGCCCCUGGGGGAGCGCGUCACUGGGGGCUUCCUCCUGCCCGAGCUGCAGCCCCUGGCGGGCUCUCUGCGGCGGGAUGUGGUGGAAGGGAACUUCUACAGUGCCACACUGGCAGGCGACCACUGCUUCGAUGUCCUGGACCUCCACUUCCAUUUCCGGCACGCAGUCCGGCACCGGCACCGGGACGGUGUCCACUGGGACCAGCACGCCCACCGCCACCUCUCCCACUUGCUUCUGGCUCACGUGGCCGACGCCUGGGGCGUGGAGCUGCCCAAGCAUGACUACCCCUCUGACCCGUGGAGUGAGAACUGGUCGGAGGCGGAUCAUCAGUUCCACGAGAGCCACGGGCAGUCCUCAGAGUUCGGGAAGCAGCUGGCCCUGCCUGCACCACCGUCCACGCCCGUUCCCCUCCCCAUUCCUUAUCCCUAUCCACUGCUUCAGCCCUCGCCGGCUCCCCUGUUCCCGCCUCAGCCCCAGGAUGCCUUUCACCCAGGCCAGCCCUACCCGCCUCAGAAACUCUUCAGUUUUAAAGCAACGGAGGGCUUCUCGGCACCACCCCAGCUAGGAUGUGGCCCUGGAGCGAAUUAUGUGCCUGGCCCCCUUCCAGCUCUGGUCUCCAGCUCUCUCCCCCAUGGCCAGCACCGGGGCCCGGCGGUUCACCGGGGGAUGCCACGCUGUGUACCUAACGGCCCCUACCAUGUGCCAAGGACAGGGGCACCCUGCAGACAACGGCUCAGAAAUUCAGACAGACUGCCCCACUCAUACAAACUGGACAAACGGCCUUCUGCCCGUUCUGGAACGUGACCUGUGUAGAUAGGGUCGAGCUGGGGCUCGACGUGCUGAUGGCCCCACUGACCCUGCUUGACACCCCAAGUGCUGAGCUGCGGUGUCUGCCCUGCCUGGUGUUCUUGUCCACUGCUGUCACCAAUAAAGGCAUGGAAGAACA